AUGAAGACAGACGCAUAAUUGCAAGCAGAACAAAAUAAUUAAAUCAUAAACUAAAUAUUUAAAAAUAAGUUGAGUAAAGUUGUAGAGAGUGAAAAGCCCUAAAGUAAAAAAGAUUAUCAAGAAAUAGUCAACAACUAAACUGCUCUAUUUAAGAAUGAAACCUUAGCUCAUUUUAAAAGUCUUCAUUAUUUAAACAAUUCUGAAAAUGGAACUAUGGUUAAUAGUUUAAGAGAUCCUGGUCAUCCUAAAUAUGGGACAAUUGAAUAUAAAAAGUUGUACAGCGAAUUAUUUGAAGACAAGCUAAUAAAAAAAAAUAUUAAGCUAGAAAAAGAAAAAUAGUAACUUAUCUCGCAAAGAAAAUAUUUAGAUGAAAAGGAGAAAAAUUUAUUUGCAGCUUAUCAAAAUCACUUGUAGAAUAAUAGAUCAAGCAAAGAAACUCUUAACAAACUUAGAGUUUUACUUAACAUAAAUUCUUAAAAGAGAAAAGUUAAAAACGAAGAAAUUAAGAUUGUUGCAGAAGAGUAUGAUAAUUAAAUAAAAAAGAUGGAAUCUGAGAAUGUCAGUUCUCUCUUGAAGCAAAUAGAAGGAAAGAGAAACAAAAGGGCAACAUUAAUGGCCGUCAAUCCAUUCAACGAUCAAAUUGAGAUUCUUCAAGAAAAGAAAUUAGAUGCCUUAGCUGAUAUUAAAAUUUAGAUAGCUGAAUUAGACGAUGAAUUGAAAUAGAUAUAAGAAGAGGUUGAAUAGGCACAAAAAGAUUACCAAAAUGCUAAAGAAAAGAAAAACGAAGUUAAAUUUUUAAUGAAAUAGCAUUUUUUACAACAGCUAAGUAAAGAAGUAAAUGAAAAAAACCCUAAAAGUUUAGUGUGGAUAGUUGUUAAGCUGUUAAAUAUCAAGGAAUAGAUUACUUAUAAUAUUUUUCCUGAUUAUCUUGAGGAAAAGAAUAUUCAAUUUUUAAUAUAAAUGGCAAAUUUAGAGAUUUAAAAAAAUGAAAAGCAGGCUUUUAUGAAAAACAUGUAAAACUCGCAAAGAUUUCACAAUUUAUAGCAAAAUUAUUAAUAAAAAAUGAUGCAAUUUUAAUCAAGUGGAAAAAAGCAAAGAAAUAACUCAUCUUUAACAGCUUUUUCUUCUUCAACAUCAAUAAAUCCUUCUCUGAACACAGGUUUAGAAUCAACUAAUAAACUUUCUUAUAUAAAGAAACCUGUGCUAGUUUAUGAUAAUAACAUUAAUUCAAAUUAAGUAAUUUUCUAGAUUGAUGAUCAGUAGAAUUUUAGCUCAUAAGCCCUUUCUAAAUAAUAAAUUGAUAACUAAUUCAAAGAAAUCAAACUUGCUGAAGAAUAAUAUAAAAAUCUUCUUUAAUAGAUAGAAGAAACGAAAUAAAGUGAAUUUGAAAGACUAUGUUCUAAAUAUUUGAAGCUAAAAAAAGAUUGCAAAAAUAUUUUUUAUGCAAUAUUUGGUUUUCAUGAAGGAGAGAAAUUAUUCUAUGAAUUUGAAAGGAGAAAAGUAAAAAUAGAGCACUUGAUAAAUUCGAAUAAGACAUUUUAAUUUUCUAAAGCUGUUGGACCAUAAGCCAAUAUCAUAGCUAAGAACAAUCUUUUGAAUACUUAAACACAGGCUGCUAGUAAGCUAACUGUUAUGGAAUCUCCUAAAAAUAAUAGCAAUAGUAAUUCUAAUUAAGGGAGUAAUUCUAAUUAAGGGAGUAUUUCAAAUAGAAAAUUAAGUACUCCAGAUACAUCAUCUCUGCCGUAUUAAUUAACAAAUCGAUAUAUGCAUAUAAAAAAUAGAUCAAAUAAUUACUCUCUAACAGAAAAAGUAUUAGAUCCAAUCAAAAAUAAUUAAUCGUUAAGAUAGUCUGCAUUUGACUAAUUUAAGAGAUCUGUAGACUAUUAGGAUGCAAAUCAACUGUAAGAUGCUUUUCAAUUAUUUUCGCCUAGGAUUGCUCCUUCUAUCAAGAAAAAGAUAUUUGAGAUGAGCUUAACAUCAGAAAAUGGCUCUGCAUCAGUAGGUAUGACAAGUCCUCGCUCUCCUAAUAGUAAUUUAGGAUAAUAAUUUCAAAAUUUUGCAAGUGGAAACUAAGAAAAAAAGAAAGUAGGGUUUUAUAAUACUACUAAAGAUCAAAUUAGUGAUUAUAAAAAUAAUACAAGCUUAGCGAACAAUAUAAAAAAAUCCUUUUCUUAAUAUUAAAACGUCUAAUUAACUAAAUAAAAAGCUCCAUUCUUAUCAAAUUUUUUCACAAAAGAAGAUAAAACUCCAUUAUCAAACUUAUAAUCACCAAUGAGCAGUGGAAUUUAAUCAUUUAGUUUCUCCUCACCGCUAAUAAGUGAUGCUAAAAUCUCAUAAUUUACUGAAUCUGAUUUUUAGAGAAAUAAUUAUUCAUAAAUAAAUGCAAAAUUAGCUGUAAAAGUAAGUAAUUUCUUAGAUGAUAAAAGCAAUUCCAAAAAAGAUGAUUGA